AUGGAACCAAAACAAGAUAUGAGUGAUAGUAUGGAUAUAGGAAGUAGUAGUACCUCGACAACAACAACAACAACGACCACAUCAUCACCAACUACAACUACAACAACAAUAAAUAAUGAUACAGCAACAACAACAACAACACAAUAUAUAUUAGCAAUAGAUGUUGGAACUACAAAUAUAAGAGCGAUGAUAUUCGAUCAGGAGUUGAAUAUUGUGUCAAAGUCAUCACAGAACAUUCCUUUGAUUAUCGAUGAGAAUAGACCCGGCUACAUUGAGCAGGACCCAAUGUUGAUGUGGGAGAAGUGUCAGGUCGUCGUCAAGGAUGCCAUUGCCGCGUCGCCUGUGGCGGCGGACCCCGCCCGCAUCCGCUGUCUGGGCAUCACGAAUCAGCGCAGCUCAUUCCUCAACUGGCGUCGGGACACUGGCAAGCCGAUCCACAACCUCAUCACCUGGCAGGACACGCGUUCCGCUGAGAUCUGCAAGAAUAUGAACAGUUCGCUCGCCGUCAAGGGUAUCCACGGCGCCACAAAGGUGGUGCACAUGUUCACGGGCAAGCCACGCUUCUUGCAGGCCAGCCACCUGGACGUGUCGACAGCACACUCGAGCUCGCGUCUCGCCUGGAUCCUCCAGAACCACGCCGAGGCCAAGCAGGCGGUCAAGGACGAGCAGAUGAUGUUUGGAACGAUCGACUCGUGGCUGCUGUGGAACCUCACUGGCGGCAAGGUUCACGCCACCGACUACAGCAACUUCAGCACCACUGGCCUGUACGACCCGUUCGAGAUGUGCUACAACAAGGUCGUCUUCUACCUAUUCUCAAUCCCCUACCACAUCAUGCCCAAGAUCCACGACACUAGCUACCACUAUGGUGACACGCUGCCCGGCCUCUUUGGCGCGUCCAUCCCAAUCACGUCGCUGUGUGGCGAUCAGCAGUCUGCCAUGUUUGGCGAGUGCUGCUUCAAUGAGGGCGACACCAAGCUGACGAUUGGAACCGGCUGCUUUGUCAACAUCAACACGGGCGCGCACGCCAAGGCCAGUCGCUACGGAAUGUACCCGCUGAUUGGCUGGAAGAUCGGCAAGGAGAUCUCCUACAUGAUGGAGGGCAAGGGCAUGGCUGCCGGCACCGUCGUCGACUGGGCUCAAUCAUUCGGCAUGUUUGAGAACCCAGCCGAGACGUCCGCCAUGGCAACGUCCGUGCCACAUACUCAGGGCGUCGUGUUUGUGCCCGCGUUCACGGGUCUGGCGCCGCCACAGAACGACCCGCGCGCACGUGGACUCAUCAUUGGAAUGACUCCAUCAACCAAGCGAGAGCACGUGGUUCGUGCACUACUAGAGUCAUUUGGAUACAGAUGCAAGGAGCUGAUCGACAGCAUACGCUCGGACAACUACUGUCAGAUUCAGAGUGUCGUCGCCGAUGGAGGUGUAUGCCAGAACGACUUUGUCUGCCAGUUCAUCUCGGACAUGUGCGCGACUCCGAUCGACCGCGCAGGACACCCCGAGAUGACAGCGGCUGGAGUCUGUAUGCUUGCUGGAUUGAACGUUGGAGUUUGGAAGACCAAGGAAGAGUUGGUCAAGCUUAGAUUGAGUUCCAAGAUGUUCUCACCAUCGAUGAACAGGGAUAAUAGGAAGAAGUUGUUUAAGAGAUGGCAGAGAGCACUGAGAAGGUCAAUGUGUUGGGCGUCAGAGGAUAGUUUCAGUACAGCGAAUGAUGGCUUUGGUAAUGACAGUGACGACGAGACUGGAUCGAGCAAUGGCAGUCCGCGAACAUCUCAAAAGAUACCACCUGUACAACAACAACAACAGCAACAGCAACAGAAGCAACAGCAUAAG